UGUAUCGCUCGCCCUUCUUCCUGUCUGUCAGUCCUUUUUCUCUCCGAGUGUGUGUGUGUACGCAUAGUUUCCCAUACAGUAGAUCAAAUAGAUCGAGUAGCAAGAAAUUGAGAAUUGGGGACUGGGUCGAUGCAGAAGAUUAGUAGUUUUCUCCUGUACGAACAGGGUCGACAAGAACCUCCAGUACCUAAUCAAGCUCCUGCUACAUCUCCAAGAGACCCUGUAGAAAUUAACAUGGACGACUACGCGUGGACUCCCGGUGAUAAUCAAAUGGGACAAUAUCGGUUUGUCGACGACGAGGAACUAUUUGACAAGCCAAAUUUGCUAGCUUACAUGGCGGAGGCAAUGAUCGUGAGCCCACCAAGGAUUUGGCCCGAGGUGUCUGUUGAGUCGCCGGAGAUUUCUGUCGUAUAUAAUCUUUGGGAAAAUGAUACACGGAAACCUCAUCAGAUGCGUGGAUUUAGGUUGGACGGUUGUGGAUUCGGCUCCUCUCAAGUCUUUGCACCUGCCCUGCUAAAGAAACUGGCCGAAUCCCUAAAGUUGGGGCUACUUAACUUGGGGCUACCGAAGAAGGGGAACAAAACGUGUUUGACAACUCGUGCCCAGCCUUUCCAUUACUACAGUCAUCAAGAUUUCAAGAAACCCUGUGAUGUCCAUGGACAGCAAAGUGGAAUUGUUGGAUCUCCAAUUAGACCAGAGCGCACACAGGGUUUUGUUGAAAGCCCACAUAGACAGGAGCUCCUGCAGAACAUAGAAAACAUAGCGCAUGAUGAAGGAAAUAUGGAAAUCGAUGUGGCAAAUCCUGAAGGAGUUGGUGCUAGCAUAGAACCGAGAGACAGUGAAGUGAUGAACAUAAAAAAGCGAAAGUCAAGUCGUACUUUAAAAAGCAAACUUGGAAUUACUCGUGAGGUUCUUGAACAAAAUUCUUGGAGGAGUCUUAAGGAUGCUGCAAAAGUUUUUGGAGUUAGCCGAUCUACAUUGAAGCGUAUAUGUAGGAAGUAUGAUAUUAACAGAUGGCCAUCUCGUAAAGCAAGAAAGGUUAAUCAAGCCUUUGCUGAACAAAGAGUUGUUCAGCCUUCUACUGAAAAUACUGAAGAACAACACCGGCCAGACACAACAAGGCUAGGAGAUGAUAGUAGCAUCUGGGUGAAAGCAGAAUAUCAAGGGUACACCAUGAAGUUUAGACUUCCAUUGUCAGCCCACAAAUUCAAUUUGGAGGAGAAAGUUGCAGAACGAUUGAAUCUACCGAUUGGAAGUUUUAAAAUUGAGUAUCAGGAUGAAGAGAAUGAAUGGAUUUGGAUAGCCUGUGAUGAGGAUUUAAGUACCUGUAUGAGCACAUUAAGCUCACUAGGUAGGACAACAAUCAAAAUGUUGGUCAGGUGAUCGCAUAUUUACGAGCCUUUUGUAUAAUUAAUCUAUUUUUAAGCCUAUGGUGCUCUAGUCUGCUGUAGGUUCCAAAUACCUGCAUUUUGAGAUUCAUUGACAAGAUAAAUAUGGUAGAUGAAGAAGAUGCUUUUAUCCCCCA